UAUGUGCUUAGGGCUGUGUUACGUGCAGACAAUACUAACUAACGAUUGUGCGUAUAUAUUAAAGAAAAUCAUCCGCUUUUCAGACAGCAACAGACAGACUUGUGGCAGAAUGCAGGGCUGUCGCUGACCACCUCCUCAGCAGCUGUCUCUCUGUGUGGACUUUGAAGAGGACGGACAAGGACAAAAUGCCACUACGGGAAUCAGUCACUCAGCUCUGUUUCGGACGGGGAGAAAAACAAUAAUCGCCCUUUAAAAAUCUGCUUUGGAUCUACCUUACUAUACAUUUGGAUUUUUGUAUCUUCCCAUAGAGUUUUCUCUCCGAACAGUUGUUUUUCCUGAAGAACGGUGACUCACUGCGGGCAGAAGGCGAGUCGCUGCAUCCUAAUCAGACAGCGGAGAGGACUUCAGCUCAUUGACAUUACAGUCAUACUUUUCUGGAGCACUUUUUUUUUUAUUUCCACUGCGCUGCACUGUAGCCUGCGUGUGCAGCGGAGGCUUGUGGCUUUUCUCCCAGCACAGAGGAGGGAAAGAGGAUACGGGUGGUGGGCUAACACGAAAGUGGUUAGAGAAUGAAACUCUCCCUAAACCCUGCUGGAACUGACUGUUUUGGUUUUUACAUUUAUAUUAUUUGGACUAUUACAGCACUUUUUUGGGUUGUAUGAAGAAACACUUACAAUGACUAUUUUGUUCGGAGACUGGAUCGCGAUUAUUGCUCAGAUGAGUCUGGGCGCUCAGCUGAAUAUAAAUUAGGUGUUCAGCGCCACAGAUUGCUGGAAGAGGCAGAGGAAGAGAGAGACAUAGCAAAGACAAUCCACAAAGACAGAUGCGAAGGGCUCACAUGAUGAACAUAACUCUUUUUUUGAUCCUGAAUAAUAGAAACAUCACAUUUGAACAAAAUAUCAACAGGUCAAAGGAAGCAUAGACAAGAAACAGUUUAUAGCUGCUUUUACGGAGUGGGGAUGUAUCUUUCUAUUUUCUUUUUCCUCCUCCUAUGGGCUCAAGCCCUGACAUUGAAGAACUUAAAUUACUCUGUCCCGGAGGAACAGGGUCCAGGGACAGUGAUUGGGAACAUAGCCAAAGAUGCCAGACUCGGACUUGAACAGGUUGGGCCGGGACAGGGUAAGAAAGCCAACUUCAGGGUUCUUGAAAACUCAGCACCGCAUCUCAUCGACGUGGACCCUCAAAGCGGACUGCUGUACACAAAGCAACGCAUUGACAGGGAAACCUUGUGUAAGAGAAACCCCAAGUGCCAGCUCUCCAUGGAGGUGUUUGCCAAUGACAAGGAGAUCUGCAUGAUCAAAAUAGAUAUCCAGGACAUUAACGACAACUCACCCGCUUUCCCCUCGGAUCAGAUUGAUAUUGAAAUUUCUGAAAAUGCAAUGCCAGGGACACGUUUUCCCCUGACCAGCGCGCAUGACCCAGAUGCAGGGGAGAACGGCCUGAAAACCUAUCAAAUAACACGCGAUGACUACAAUCUAUUUUCGUUAGAGGUAAAAUCCCGUGGCGACGGGACUAAAUUUCCAGAAUUAGUUAUUCAACGACCAUUGGACCGCGAAGAACGAAGCCAUCACACCCUCAUUUUGUCAGCCACGGAUGGGGGCGAAUAUCCUAGGUCAGGUAACAUGCAGAUAAAUGUUAAAGUUAUUGAUUCCAAUGAUAACAGCCCUGUGUUUGAUCAACCAUCGUAUAUUGUGGAAAUUCCUGAAAAUUCUCCUCCUGGUAAAGUGCUGAUCGAUUUAAAUGCCACUGAUCCUGAUGAGGGCAACAAUGGACAAGUAGUCUAUUCUUUUAGUGGCUAUGCCCCAGAGAGAAUCCGGGAGCUCUUUUCCAUAGAUUCAAGAACAGGGGUCAUAAAGAUUCAGGGUGAAAUUGACUAUGAAGAGAGCCCAGUCAUUGAGAUUGACGUCCAGGCAAAGGAUCUAGGUCCCAAUCCAAUCCCAGGCCAUUGUAAAGUCACAGUUAAAGUGCUUGACAGGAAUGAUAACUGGCCAUCUAUAGGCUUUGUGUCUGUGAGACAGGGAGCCAUCAGUGAGGCAGCACCUCCAGCCACUGUCAUUGCUCUGGUCCGUGUCACAGACAAGGACUCAGGCAGGAAUGGGCAGCUUCAGUGCAGAGUGCUGGGUAAUGUCCCUUUUAAACUUGAGGAGAACUAUGAUAACUUCUAUACUGUAGUAACAGACAGGCCCUUGGACAGAGAGGCGCAGGAUGAGUAUAAUGUCACCAUUGUGGCCAAAGACAACGGCAUUCCUCCUCUAAACUCCACAAAAUCCUUCACCGUAAAGAUUCUGGAUGAGAAUGACAAUGUUCCUCGCUUUACGAAGUCAGUUUACCUUCUUCAAAUACCUGAGAACAACAUUCCUGGGGAGUACCUAGGUUCAGUUCUGGCGCAUGACCCGGACCUUGGCCAGAAUGGCACAGUAUACUACAGCAUAAUGAACUCCAAUGUGAGUGGGGGUGAUGUCAACACCUAUGUUAAUGUGAAUGCUGCUAAUGGAGCCAUCUAUGCUGUGAGAUCCUUUAACUAUGAGCAAAUCAAGUAUUUUGACUUUAAGGUUCUUGCUAGAGAUGCAGGAUCCCCACACCUGGAGAGCAAUGCUACAGUCCGCAUCAGUGUUCUCGAUGUCAAUGACAACAUCCCUGUCAUUGUUCUGCCCCUACUUCUAAACGACACGGCUGAAAUCCACGUGCCGCGUAAUGUUGGUGUGGGCUACAUUGUCACCACAGUAAGGGCCGUGGAUAAUGACUAUGGUGAGAGCGGGAGGCUCACUUAUGAGAUCUCGGAUGGCAAUGAGGAGCACCUCUUUGAGAUUGAUCCAGUGACUGGGGAGGUUCAAACAGCCCACCCAUUCUGGGACGAUGUGAACCCCAUUGUGGAGCUGAUAAUUCGAGUAUCAGACCAUGGCAAGCCGACUCUGACUGCUGCCGCCAGGCUCAUCGUCAAGGCCUCUAACGGACGUCCCCCUGAUGGAUUGCCACGCACAAAGGACAAUCAGAACUGGGACAUGUCCCUGCCUCUUAUUGUAACUCUAAGCAUCAUAUCCAUCAUGCUUCUGGCUGCAAUGGUGACCAUAGCAAUCAAGUGCAAGCGAGAAAACAAGGAGAUCCGUACAUAUAAUUGUCGCAUUGCAGAGUACUCGCACCCUCAGCUGGGGAAAGGCAAGAAGAAGAAGAUUAACAAGAACGACAUCAUGCUGGUGCAGAGCGAGGUGGAGGAGCGGGAUGCCAUGAAUGUGAUGAAUGUGGUAAGCAGCCCUUCCUUGGCCACCUCUCCUAUGUACUUUGACUACCAGACACGACUGCCACUCAGCUCACCAAGGUCAGAGGUCAUGUAUCUCAAGCCCACUGCCAAUAACCUCAGCGUGCCCCAAGGCCACGUGGGAUGCCACACCAGCUUCACAGGCCCAGUCACCAGCACUACAGAUACACCUACUAACCGCAUGUCCAUCAUACAGACGGACAAUUUCCCCACUGAGCCUAAUUAUAUGGGUAGCAGACAACAGUUUGUUCAAAGCAGUUCAACCUUCAAAGACCCAGAGCGAGCAAGCCUCAGAGACAGUGGUCAUGGUGACAGUGACCAGGCUGACAGUGACCAGGACACCAACAAAGGCUCCUGCUGUGACAUGUCUGCAAAAGAAGCCCUCAAGUUGAAGGCUACAGGAGUGAAACCACCGCCUUUGGAGCAAGAUGAGGACUGUGUGAAUUGUACAGAAGAGUGCCGGGUACUGGGCCAUUCGGACCGUUGCUGGAUGCCCCAGUUCCCCGCUGGAGGAAACCAGGCCGAGGGAGUCGACUACCGCAACAAUAUGUUCGUGCCGGCAGGGAUGGAGACUGUGCCUGAGGCAGAGACCUACGAGACUGUCAACCCCAAUGGCAAGAAGACGUUCUGUACAUUUGGAAAAGAAAGGCGUGACCACACCAUCCUAGUGGCCAACGUUAAGCCCUACUUGAAGGCAAAACGCGCCCUAAGUCCACUGCUCCAAGAGGUACCCUCAGCCUCUGGUAGUCCUACCAAGAGCUGCUCAACCAUGUCUCCCUGCAAUUCAGUCAAAAGCCCAGCUGACGGAGCUGAAGGCAAACCUCCCCCUGCCACCUGCUCAGGCCAUUACGGGCCUCCUGAUGGUCAGUACCUGUCACCAACAAAACAAAGCAGAGACCAGGGGGUCUACCCACCAUUGCCUCCCAUGGACCCAGUGGCCAAGGUGCUUGCAGAAGCCCGCUCUAGGAUCAGCCAAGAGGCAACAGGGGAAAUGGAGUGUGUGCUGGAGCAGGUGGAGCCUGACGCAAGCCGUGACAGAAUGGACGCUGACCAGGUGGUCAGAGACAUCGACAAACUAUUGCAGGACUGCAGAGGAAGUGAGGCCACAGGCACACUCAGGAAGUGACACAAAGGACUGCAACAAAAUAUGUAUGAAGGUAGAGAGAGGAAUAUACUGCUAUUUCAAAAACUCUCAUGCCAAAACUGUCACCAAAACAAAUCAAAAAGGUUAAUGGGCUCUUAUCAUAGGAGCUCUUUUCUCUGUAUUGGUUGUUGAAAAUACUGACACUUAACAGACAAUGGGAACAUUUAUUCAUUUGGCACCCGUUUUGGGGCUAAGAUUGCUACCAACAAAAAGGAACUGGGUAACAUCUGAAUUCUGAUGAAUUUAUAAACUCUUUUUGUUUUGGAUUCUUAAGCAAAAUGCAGAGACUUAUGCCUCUGGCACCUCGCAAGCUAUUAUCUAAGUGCCCACCAGCUCAUAUGUGUGUUGUUCAUGGUCUCUUGUGAAAUCCUACAUAUCUAAGUGUGUGUAGGUGGAUUUCUGUUAUGUAUAUUGGCCAUAGAAACGGAAUGAAAAAAAAGGACUAUUUAUGGUCAGACAUGACAAUCGAUGCGGAAACAGUGAAAGAAAUUCUGAUCCAUUUGGGACAGUGAAAGGCCGAAAUACACAAAACAACCUUAUCUUUCUUGACUUUAAUAUAGGUGUUUAGUGUCUGAUGGAUCCUGUAUUUGAACAUGAAGAUAUUGGUUAAUCAGGUGUGUGAUCACAGUCGUCAGUUAAGGACUUGGGGACGAGGGGCUUAAUUGCUACGCUGAAGGAGAAUUAUUAACAGUGUAACCAUGUUUCACCUGUCAUUGUAGUCACAUGUGUAAGCUGUGUCUGUCUCACGCCUCUAUUUAAACAUUCAUGUUGCUCACUGGUGUAGUUGCAUGCACCAAUUUACACACAUCUUACACAUGUACACUACACUAUGCGCAUACACAUGCACAUGCACUGAUGACCCUACAAACACAUACACACUAAUGCUUACACACAACUGGCCAUCUGUGUAAUUGUCUUAUACAUGAACAUCAUCAGCUUUCUGUCCCUUGUGUACAGUGAUUUAUCAUGUGUGUGACUAUGCCUUAAGGCAAUCACAAGUUGUAUAAAAAGGGACAUUUUUUCCUUAACUGUGAAAAGAUGAUAUCUAUAUGAUCAUAUAGAUAACUAAAUGUAUGAAUCCAUGUAUAGUGUCCAAAUAUUAACAAAAUAUUUAUACAUUUUAUAAGAAAAAAAAGGAAAUGAGGAAUCUCAGCAAAAAGUGUCCUUGAGUUAGGGUCAAGUGAGGGGUAUCAACUCAAAGAACUGCAAAGGACACUGCCAUUGUUUCGAAGACAAAUAUCCAAAAAUAAAAAUAAACAAGAAAAUGUCCCUUCACAUUAUCACUAUACAUAAUAUCAUUAUAUGUGUAAAUGUACCCAAUUUAGAUGUGUUUACAUCAAAACAUAUUUUUAUUGAUUUUCCUGCAAUUUCUGUGCAUUUGAGCCAAAUUGUUAUGUGUACAAAAGCUAUAUUGUGUAUUUUAUUAAAUUAAUAUAUAGUUGUGUUGCAAUAUACAUGGGCUUAUAUUGUAUUUGGCAAACGUUGCCUUAGUAGCUGUCGAACUCUGUGAGUUUGCUUUAGUUUGGGUUUUUCGUUGAUGUUUUGUUUCCUCUCUAUUCUGCGUCUUUGCAGGCUGGCUUCAGUGCUUUUGAGAUGUCGCCUCUUUUUACCCGACGGUCCAGUUGGAUCAAAAUUAAUAACUGUUGAAAGCUUAAUGAGCCAGCUGAUAAAGAAUACAAUUCAAACCAACAACAAAAAGCAACAACCACAAGAUAACAGUUUAAAUAUUUUUACUGAGCAGAUUUUUACAGGGCAGCUAUUUUCUUUAACAAUAACUAGUAUGCGUAUCUUGUGUUCAUUAUGUUUUUACUUUCUUUCCAAAAAAGAAACCUGCCAUAUGGAAAGUGGAGUGGUUUCCUUGGUGAUCAUAAAACUGCCUUACUGUCUCUGCGGAGAGCUUGUUGUAUCUGUGGAGCUUGUGACUGCUUAUAAAGCCCUGGUCAACCAGAAUGUGCAUUUUCUAUGAAGGACCAAAAGAGGUUCUUUUUCAGCAGUCUGUGUUGUUUAUGUAUGUACUCCUUCUCGAUACAUGUUAGAAUUCUCAUACUUUGCAGAGAAACUUGACAUCUGAAAUUCUAUCUGAAGUUACUUUGGAUUUGAUGUCUUAGCUGUUUAGGUACACGGUUUAUAUAACCAAGUGUCUUCACAUUCAGGCUUUCUUAAAAAAAUGAUACAGACAUUUAUUUUUGAAAAUUUUGGCACAUUUCGGCCACUCUCUGAAAUAAGGGAGGUGCUUUUUCUAAUAUACUCUGAUAGUAGAAUAAGCAGAACAGUAGGCUAUUAGACUAUGUGUGUUUUGGGAAAUAUGACCACCUUCACCAAAUCUAUGUAAGAUGAAGCUGUGAGAGGGAACAGUGACUUGCGUUCAUAAGGCUCCUGAUGUGUUUAAUGUAAAGACAGAUAUAAGACAUGUUAUCCUCCACCCAUAUCACUUAUGACUAUUUUUGUAUUUCUGUUCCUACUUCUAUUUCUUAAUCGAGUUACAUGUUUGGACAUCCUCCUAUCAUUUUGCCAUUUUUCUGUCUCUUUUGUGUACUUGUUAUCUUCUUUCACUAUUCAUUUGCUUACUUUCCUUGUCUUCAGCUGUUUGCUUUCUCGCCUCUGAGAGCAAAGCAACUGUAAGCUCUUCUCCUCUCUUUUUUCUGUGAAGGUUUUGGUUUUGGAGAUGGCAGAGGCUGUUUUUAGAGAGGGCUCGGAAGAUUUGACAGAGGAGAAAAUUAUGUAUGGUUAUUUUUAAAUUAGAUUUUAUUUGUAAUCUCUCGCAAGUAUCUGGAUAAAUCAAGCAAGCCUGACAUUCACAUUAUAAAAACAUUUAAAAAAUGUGCCGUUAAAAAUGUGCACUGCAACUGUGAUGUUGACAAAAAUACACGUUACACGUGUGCGCAAUCACACAGCACGAUACACACAGACAGGCACCUCAGCAGCACACUGCCUUCAAUUAAAAUGCAUAGGCCCUUAAAGGUAAGAUGAAGGCUGAAAGAGAGGGCAAAUCACUACCCAGACUAAUGUGAAACACCUGCCUUCAUGCUUUCUUUUCUUUUCAGCCCAUUGUUCUCAGUCCUCAUGCUGGAUCAAGCAGUUUAUACCUGUGCUUGAUUCGCUUCCAUGGCCCUUAUUGUUUGACAAAACAAUUCAUUUUUUCUUAUUUUAUUUCUUUAACCUGUGUCCUAUAGCUUCAAUUUUCACUCACACAGAAUCUAGAUUGCUGUGGUCUCUUUUUUAUUUGGACAUUAAAUUAAAGUGAGGGGUCACCCCACAACUUGUCUGUUGCUCUGCCUGCUAGAAACAGUCACUGUCAUACAUCAUGCACAUUUAAGUACUGUCCCCUCGAAUGGUGUUCCCCUUGGCCUGGCCCCAGUCUGUACACUCACAAACUGAGCUAGGUCAAGUGGAUGGAAGGUAUUCUUUAAAGCCAUGGCCCCUAUCUCAGGCUAUAUUCUGUCUUUUAAAGCAGAGGCUGCUGUUGCUGAGGUCUACACAUAGUUUGAGAUUGAGCAAGGCCUCUCAUUGUUUAAUUACACACUGUUGGCGCCAUACACUGUUGGCAGUGCAUUACUCAAAUCUGGAGUGGGUUGUUUUUGCCCACUUGAGACUUGUGGUCUUAUUGAGUGAUUAAGACAGGGCCUUGUUGAAUGUGGCUAACCGCCUCUGGACUCACUGAUGCCGGUGCACCAGUCAACCACUGCUUCACACAUGUAGUGACAACAUGCCAUUUUGGUUAGUUAAAACAAGCACCCAAUGUUUGUCAGUGUUGUUCCCUCACCCCCAAGCCCACACAGAUAGCAUAGGGCUCCACGCUACGAUGGGCAACUGGUGAAAAGACCAGAGACAUUCAUUUGUAUGGAUUACUUCAACUGCUAUUGUCUAAAGGCUGUGUUUAUUGUGAUCUAUCUGAAAAAAAAAUACAUGAAAAGAUCAAAUAAAAAAGCAAUUACUAAUAA